AUGGCCUUGACUCUUCCUAAUUUGCAACUUCAAGGCACAAUUUCCCCGUCUUUGGCCAAUUUGUCCUUUCUCAGAGAGCUCAAUCUGGAGAACAACUUCUUCCAUGGCGGCAUCCCUUAUGGCAUUGGCGACUUGCCUCGCUUGCGAAUGAUUGAUAUUCAGAACAAUCAGCUAGAAGGAAGUAUUUCGACAACUCUAUUUCAACACCAAAGAGUUCAAAAGAUUUCAUUGGCUUACAAUAAACUCAGUGGUGAAAUAUGGAAAGGGCCAUGGUAUGUACCGGAACUCAGAAUCUUAAAUCUCAAGAACAAUAGCCUCAUGGGUAUAAUCCCUCCUUCUGUUGGAAAUGCCACAAAGUUGCUAUAUUUCAAUUUGUCUAAUAACAAAGUCAGCGGCAACAUUCCGAAGGCGAUCGGUAAUCUGAGCCAACUUACAAAGUUGUCCUUGUACAAUAAUCAAUUAACAGGUUCUAUUCCUGCAGUAUUGUUUAACAUCUCUUUGCUUCUUUACGUGUCUCUGAAAUUCAAUAGCCUUUCCGAGCUCAAUGCUCUGUCCAUAUCUUUCAACAAUAUAACUGGAGAAAUACCCAAAAAUAUUGGUUGUUUAUCCAAGCUCGAAGAGUUCUAUAUUGGUGAUAAUCCAAUGAAAGGGACUAUUCCCACAUCAUUGGGCAAUAUUUCCAUUCUGCGAAAUCUUUAUUGUAAAAGCAAUCGCUUGGAGGGGUCAAUUCCUCCAGAAUUGGGGAAGCUAUCAAAUUUGAGGCAAAUUAAUUUUGAGAACAAUAAGCUUAAUGGUCAAAUUCCAAAGGCUAUUUUCAAUAUUUCUUCUUUGGAAACAAUUGAUUUUAAUUUCAACAACCUCUCUGGGAGAAUUGCGGCCAUUACAGGUCUUCAUCUUUCGAACCUUAAGGAACUUUUGUUGUGGAAAAAUCAGAUCAAAAGGGAAAUUCCAUUGUUCAUAACAAAUGCUUCCAAGCUUGAGAACCUGGGACAUAUUCCAGAGGCGGUAUGCCAUUUAUCUAAUUUGGUUCGAUUAUCACUGGAUGAUAAUGAGCUCUCUGGAUUAAUUCCAGCAUGUGGUAUUCCUAGGACAUUGGAAAAACUCUUGUACCUUAAAACCAUUAAUGUCUCAUUUAAUGAUUUCAAAGGUGAAAUACCCGGUGGUGGUGUGUUUGCAAAUUCCACUCCACAAUCUUUCCUAGGGAAUAGAGGUCUAUGUGGAAUGCACAUAUUGGAGGUUCCUGCUUGUGCAAUCACUAACCCUGAACAACGAUCAAAGUCUAAGGAGUUUGUGCUAAAAGUUAUUACUCUAGUGGUUAUUUCAUCCUUUAUGAUAUUCUUGUUGGUCUCAAUUUGGAUAAUGAAAAGAAAGAAGAAUGGUAAGUCCAAAGAUGUUGAAAAGAUUCUGGAGAUGAAGACUUAUCAAAUCAUUUCUUAUCAUCAUAUUCAACGAGCGACAAAUAAUUUUGAUGGAUCUAAUUUAAUUGGUGUGGGAAGCUCUGCCUCUGUGUACAAAGGCACGUUAUCUAGUGAAAUGUUGGUGGCCGUAAAAGUUCUAGAUUUGGAAAAUGAGGAAAUAUGCAAGAGGUUUGAUACUGAAUGUGAAGUGAUGGGAAAUGUUAGGCACACAAAUCUUGUCCCGGUGAUUACUACUUGUUCUAAGUGA